AUGACAGAAGCUCAAAGGUUAUUAUGGGUCAGAACAUACCAAAAGGAACUUAAGGCAGAUCUGUAUCAGGGAUUGAUAGAUGCGCUAUUAACUGGAGAAAGAAGUACACCAUCUACAGGGAAACGUAUAAUUCUUCCAUCUUUCCUCCACUCUUGGCAAGAGGUCACACGAUUGAUAGAAAAUGAAUCAUUAUCUAGUGCUAACAAGCCAGAGAUAUUGUGUAGGGUUUUCCAUAUGAAGCUUAAAGCUCUUAUGGAUACAAUCAAGAAGAAGAAGAUUUUUGGUACUGUUAUUAUAGAUGUUCAUACGAUUGAAUUCCAAAAAAGAGGACUUCCACAUGCACACAUUUUGUUGUUCCUAAAUCAACGUGAUCAACCUAAAUAUUCGGAGGAUGUGGAUAAAGUAAUCUCUGCAGAAAUACCUAACUUAGAUGAAGAACCACAGUUGUAUGACUUAGUUAAGAGAUCUUUAGGCCGGCCGAUUGAUGAGAUUCAACAGUAUUACAACUUUAGGUAUAUCUCGGCUUGUGAGGCAGCUUGGCACAUAUUUGCCUUUGAUAUACACCACAAGUAUCUAGCUGUUGAAAGGUUAAGCUUCCAUUUACCUAACCAACAGUGUGUUGUUUAUUCUAAUGCUGAUGAUAUUAAGGACCUACUUAAUAAGCAUUGUGUUUGGAAGACAUUUCUGUGGAAUGCUUUGGCUUCUACUCUUCGAGCUAGAGGUGAUAUUGUUAUUACUAUUGCCUCUAGUGGCAUCGCUGCCACAUUAUUACCAUUUGAAAGGAUAGCACAUUCCAG